UCCAACCAUUGUCGAGUCAAUCUUCUUAUUAAGUGAUCUCAAGAAAAAACAAAAUGGCGAGAUUCGUUUUAGUUUUCGUGACGAUUCUUGUGAUUCUAGGGUCUAUGAGCUUUUCAGAAGCACAAUUGAAGAUAGGGUUCUACGACAAAACUUGCCCUAACGCAGAGAAGAUAGUACAAAAUCUUGUCAACCAACAUAUCGGCAACGUACCCUCUUUGGCUGCUGGUCUUAUUAGGAUGCAUUUCCAUGAUUGCUUCGUUCGGGGUUGUGAUGGUUCGAUCUUGAUCAACGCGACAUCAAGAAACCAACAAGUGGAGAAGGUAUCUCCACCGAAUCUAACUGUUAGAGGUUUCGACUUUAUCGAUCUAGUGAAGAAAGUUCUCGAAUCCAAGUGUCCAGGAAUAGUCUCAUGUGCCGAUAUCAUCACUCUCGCUACUAGAGACUCUGUUGCUGCCAUUGGUGGACCAACAUGGAGUGUUCCUACAGGACGCAGAGACGGACGUAUCUCUAAUGCUAACGAGUCUUUGAAUAAUAUCCCUCCUCCUUUUGGAAACUUCACGACUCUUAUAACUCUCUUUGGAAACCAAGGACUUGAUGUUAAGGACCUAGUCUUGUUAUCCGGUGCGCAUACUAUUGGAGUGUCUCAUUGCUCCUCCUUCUCGAACCGUCUUUUCAACUUUACUGGCGUCGGAGAUCAAGAUCCAUCGCUCGACAGUGAAUACGCAGACAAUCUCAAAGCAAGAAGAUGUUUGUCUCUCGCCGACAAUACCACAAAGGUCGAAAUGGAUCCUGGUAGUCGAAACACCUUCGAUCUUAGUUACUUUAGGCUAGUCUUGAAACGUCGUGGACUUUUUGAGUCUGACGCGGCGUUGACUAUGAAUUCGGCUGCGUUGGCUCUGGUUAGACGCUUUGCUGGAGGAUCUGAGCAAGAUUUCUUCGUUGAGUUCGGAAAGUCGAUGGAGAAAAUGGGAAGGAUUGGUGUAAAAACCGGGUCGGAUGGGGAAAUUCGAAGAACCUGUGCAGUGGUUAAUUAAAAAGUGUUUCUUCAUUUUGUUUUUUAAAAGCUUUUUUUUUGCGUUAUUUUGAGUGUUUAUUUUUUGUAAACUAUUUUGAGUGUGUACUGUUUACAAUACAGACUCUAUGUGGUUUGAAUAACUUUCACGUUUGUGGAACUGUAAUCAUAUUAAAUUUUCCCGUGUACUUUUUUAAUAAAAUUUGUGUCUUUUUUUUUCA